AUGGAAAUGUUUAGAGAAGGAGGCUCCACCUCGAGACCUCCGAUGCUGGAAGGAGCCAAUUAUCCAUACUGGAAAACCAAGAUGCGUGCUUUCUUGAGAGCUGUAGAUGAAAGAGUUUGGAUGUCCAUAGAAGAAGGGUGGUGUAAACCAACGAUGAUGGAGAAUGAAAUCGUUAUACCCAAACCUAUGAGUCAAUGGACCACUGUUGAAAUGGAAAGAGCGAAUUUCAACUCAAAGGCUCUUCAUGCCUUGUCUAUUGCCGUCUCCACUAACCAAUUGAAGGUUAUAGCCAAUUGUGAAAUUGCUAAGGAAGCAUGGGAGAAGCUGAAAAUUAAGAGCGAGGGAACUGAUGCUGUCAAGAAAUCAAGGCUGCGUGCCUUGGCAAAGGCUUUCGAAAAUCUUACCAUGGAGGAGGAUGAGUCUGUGGCUGAAUUCCAUGCAAAACUUUGUGACAUCUCUAAUGAAUCGUAUGCUCUGGGGAAAACUUACUGUAACUCGAAAGUGGUUCGAAAGGUGCUUGGUGUCCUCCCAAGAAGAUUCAUGUCCAAAGUUACCUCGAUCGAAGAAAUGAGAAACAUUGAGGAACUCGAUCUUGACGAACUCAUCGGGUCUUUGCAAAACUAUGAGCUAUCACUGUCUAGGUGGAAGAAAACCAAGAAACAAAAGGAGGUUGUGAAAGAAAAGUCAGAUGCCAGCAUUGCUCUUAUUCACCAAGAAAACAAGAAACUUGUUCUGGAAGAUUUGAAUGGCAUUACAGAUGAAACGGUUGCCUUGUUAACAAGAAACUAUGCAAAAUUCUUGAAAAAGAACUACAGGAAAAAUUCACCAGCUGACAAAGAAAAUCUUCUCAAGAGAAACAAAGGAGUAAAUUUCAAACCAGGACAAGCCUCUACUGAUCAAAAGGGCCGAGGAAUUAAGUGCAGAGAAUGUGAUGGAUAUGGUCACAUUCAGGCUGAGUGCGCCAACACACUAAAAAAGAAAAAGGCCCUUGCAGCAACUUGGAGUGAUAGUGAUGAGGAAAACAACUCCACAGCCAGUGAAGGAUCAGAUGAGGAAAAGCAGGUACUGGCAUUCAUGGCCCAAAGUUGUAAUCCAGUUGAGUCUUAA